AUGGUCAAAUACUUUUCUGUAGACUGGCUGGCUCAGAGCCACCACAACACCGAGCCAAGAGAAGAUCACGGAGAUGUCACGGAUACUGCGCCCACCUGCAGGCCACAUAUUCCAUGCAUGGUGCAGCCACGACCUCCGACUUAUGGCAAGGGUUACCUGCAGCCCAAACCCAGAUCAUCCAAGCCCACUGAGCACAUGGAUCAAAUGGAGAACAGCACGCAUCAGGACUCCAGCCUGUGCUCACCUUUGCAUCCAACAAACUGCUCUUCACCAAUUUCAGAAAUCAGCGGCUACUCCUCCGGGUAUGAGAGCGAAGCGGCUUCCUCUGAGUGUCUUUCUGUGGAUGAGGGAAGCGAGGUGGAGAGAGAGGGAUCACAGCGGCGUGUGCGCACUAAGUUUACCGCCGAGCAGAUCAGCAAACUGGAAAAGAUCUUCAGCAAGAACAAAUACCUGGAUGCUGGAGAGAGAAUGAAGACAGCGCAGAAGCUGAACCUCUCAGAAACUCAGGUGAGGACCUGGUUUCAGAACAGAAGGAUGAAGCUGAAACGGGAGGUGCAAGACUAUCUCGCUCCACAAGUGCCACAGGUGAUGUUCCAGCAUAUGUCCCCGGCUCAGUACCACGGCAUGGCUGGACAGCGACCCCAGUAUUCCUCGUCGGGCCCAGCCUUUUACCCUCUCCCUAUCCCGCAGCUGGUCCUCCACCAGCAGCACCACCAGCAGCAGAUGCCUCCUCACGACCAGCAACGCGUCAUGAUCCACAACCCACAUUUCUAUUGA